ACAUUCCCAGCUCGUCCAGAGGUCCUUCUCGAUUGACGAUAUAUCCGGAGGUCGUCAGCCGGUACCUUCAUACCAGCCGUGACUUGGAGAGAGAGCAGUUAUACGAACGUGUGCUCCUGAGGAUUAUUGUGUAUAUAUAUAAAAAAUAGCAAUAUGGCAAAAACGACUGCAGUUGGAAUUGAUUUGGGCACCACCUAUUCCUGUGUAGGAGUGUUCCAGCAUGGGAAGGUGGAAAUCAUCGCCAAUGAUCAGGGUAAUCGCACUACCCCUUCCUAUGUGGCCUUCACAGACACAGAGCGUCUCAUUGGAGAUGCUGCCAAGAACCAGGUGGCCAUGAACCCUAACAACACAGUCUUCGACGCAAAACGUCUUAUUGGCAGAAAGUUCGAUGAUCACAAUGUGCAGAGCGACAUGAAACAUUGGCCCUUUGAAGUGAUCAACGAGAACACAAAACCAAAGAUUCAAGUAGAGUAUAAGGGAGACAAGAAAACUUUCUAUCCUGAAGAAAUUUCCUCAAUGGUGCUUAUCAAGAUGAAAGAAACGGCUGAAGCAUACCUCGGUACGACAGUGAAGGAUGCUGUAGUUACUGUUCCUGCAUAUUUUAAUGAUUCUCAGCGCCAGGCAACCAAGGACGCUGGCACCAUCUCCGGUCUAAACGUGCUGCGUAUCAUCAAUGAACCCACCGCCGCUGCCAUCGCUUACGGUCUAGACAAAAAAGUAGGCGGUGAGCGUAAUGUCCUCAUCUUCGAUCUUGGCGGUGGGACCUUCGACGUUUCCAUCCUGACCAUCGAGGAUGGAAUCUUUGAAGUAAAAUCUACUGCAGGUGAUACACAUUUAGGUGGCGAAGAUUUCGACAACCGUAUGGUUAAUCACUUCCUACAAGAGUUCAAGCGAAAGUACAAAAAGGAUCCCCAAGAAAACAAACGUGCCCUUCGUCGUCUCCGUACUGCCUGUGAGCGUGCGAAGCGUACUCUAUCAUCCUCAACUCAGGCCAGUGUAGAAAUAGAUUCCUUGUUUGAGGGCAUCGACUUCUACACUUCUGUUACUCGUGCCCGUUUCGAAGAAUUGUGCGCCGAUUUAUUCCGUGGAACACUAGAACCUGUGGAGAAAGCUCUUCGUGAUGCCAAGAUGGACAAGGCCCAGAUCCACGACAUCGUUCUGGUUGGAGGUUCUACCCGUAUCCCCAAGAUCCAGAAGCUAUUGCAAGACUUCUUCAAUGGCAAGGAAUUGAACAAGUCUAUCAAUCCUGAUGAAGCUGUGGCUUAUGGUGCUGCUGUCCAGGCUGCCAUCUUGUGUGGUGACAAGUCGGAAGCUGUGCAAGACUUGUUGCUGCUCGACGUAACUCCCCUCUCCUUGGGUAUUGAAACUGCAGGUGGAGUGAUGACUGCCCUCAUCAAGCGUAACACCACUAUUCCCACUAAGCAAACACAAACUUUCACUACCUACUCUGACAACCAACCAGGUGUACUUAUUCAAGUUUACGAGGGUGAGCGUGCAAUGACGAAGGACAACAAUCUUCUUGGAAAGUUCGAGUUGACUGGCAUCCCACCUGCACCACGAGGAGUACCACAGAUUGAGGUGACCUUCGAUAUUGAUGCCAACGGUAUCCUGAAUGUGUCUGCAGUAGACAAGAGUACCGGUAAGGAAAACAAGAUAACAAUCACCAACGACAAGGGCCGCCUCAGCAAAGAGGAAAUCGAACGUAUGGUCCAAGAUGCGGAGAAGUACAAGGCCGAGGAUGAGAAGCAAAGGGAUCGCAUCUCUGCCAAGAAUUCUUUGGAGUCUUAUUGUUUCAAUAUGAAGUCAACAGUGGAAGAAGACAAGUUCAAGGAUAAAGUUUCAGAAGAGGACCGUAACAAGAUCCUAGAAGCUUGUAAUGAUGCAAUCAAAUGGCUAGAUGCAAACCAGCUAGGCGAGAAGGAGGAAUAUGAACACAAGCAGAAGGAAAUUGAGCAGAUCUGCAACCCCAUCAUUACCAAGAUGUACCAAGCGGCUGGAGGUGCUCCUCCCGGAGGCAUGCCAGGUGGUAUGCCUGGAGGCUUCCCUGGUGCUCCUGGAGGUGCCCCUGGUGCUGCCCCUGGAGGUGGUGGCUCGUCUGGCCCAACCAUCGAGGAAGUCGAUUAAACUCCUGCCAUUUAGUCCAUACCAUAAUCUUUGUCCACCGAAAUCUCUGCCUACACUAGCCUGUGCAUUCCAUAUCACAGCAAAAUUGUAUGGUGUCCUGUGACCAUGUAAGGAUAUCUUUUUAUUAUUUUUCAUUUAAGGAUAUCUUGUAUUUUUCAUUUUUUUGUAGAACCAUUCCAUCUAUCAUGAAAGUAAAAAGUGAGAACAUA